AUGCCCCCAAAGCGACGGUCCACACGCUCCUCACCAGCCGGUGAGUCUUCCUCUUCGAAAAAGAAGCCCAGAACUGAUGCUUCCGUUGAGGAAUUAUUGAAAUUACUGCCUUCCGUGACUGAAGUCAUCCGAUCCAUGCGUUGGUCAAAGGUGUCUGGGAGCAAAAAUGCCGAUGAGUCCUACCGGUUGAGAAUACAGGAUGAUGCAGAGGCUUAUUCGUUUAUCUGUGUUUGUAAACGGGUGUUCGGGACUGAUUACGAUGAAGGUGAAGAUGGAAGUAAUGAAGAUGAAGAGGAAAAAGAUGAUAAGAAGGGAAAACAGGAAAAGAGGGAGACGUACCAAAGGCCUCCUUCCUGCGAUGGAGGGAAGACUUGUCUCUGCCACAAACCAGCCACAGAACACCCCGGGAACAUAUGGACUGUCAGCCGAGCUGGCUUCCAGAAAUUCAUAACGUCGACAAUCCAGGGCGACCUGCGUUGUCCCGAUCUGUUCAACAUGUACGUCUACAAUGACUACCAUGGCUAUGGUAUAGUGCAGGUGGUUCAGAAUACGCUCCUCGACUUUGACCAGGAAAAGGAAAAGGAUAAUUGGAAGGAGCAGUGGGCUAUCUGUGAAGCGAUAAUACUCUUCUUCCAGUCUGGGCACGCAAUGCCGUUUUUCAUGAUUGAUGACAGCCAGGGCAUGAAAGAUCUCUGCGACCUCCUUCGAAUCAUGUUCCUAACCGCGCUGGCUAGCCUGGAGCGCCACGGUCUCCUAAAACCAGACUCAGAAGUGAAGAACCUCGGGGUUAUGAUGGGACAAUUCCUUCGCUUCCAAAACAUUUGUGACAGCUUCCCCGAGGGCCUGGACACCGCGGUCGUUGCCUAUGCGGCCAAGCACAAUAUACAGAUCCAAGGCCUGUCAGAUGUGAGAAGUCGUCUUGAGUCGAUCCGAGAGUCGGAUGAGGAGGUCGUGCUUCCUGCGUCGGAUGCUGAGAGCACCGAUCCUUGGGACUUCAAUGGGAAAUUCCUGGAUUAUAUUGAGCGGAAUGCGCCAGCCGUUGGCGGCGAUAGCUACGAUGUCACGACUUGGACCUGCGCUGAGCGAAAGCGGAAGAGUUUUACCGGCAAGGAUCCUUUUAGUAAGAAGGACAGAGAUGCUCUCAAGGAGGGCAUGGUGCUUCAAUUGGGAUAA